AUGCUAAAGUUUUUUAAAAGAAAAGGUGAGGCAAGCUCUUUAUCUCAUGAUCAUGAUAUUCCACGACCAAACGAUGAACGAGCACCUUCUUCAAAGUAUACGAGAGUUGAUUUAAAUACACUUCCCGCGGACCCCGGAGAAAGGCCAAGUAUGGAAGUGUAUCAUGUAAAUCAACGAGAUGAGAUUAGAAGAGCCUACUUGCAAAAAGGACCUUAUCAACCUUGUGCUCAUUCUUUCCAACAAAGAGAGAUUGGAGAUCAUUUUGUAAAAAAUGGAUUUAAUACUUGGAACAAGAGAACAAAUCUAGAUCUUCACAAUGAUGGAAGCCCACAUAAUAUGGCAAUCCAAAAGUGUCAAAAUCUGAUGAACCAAAGACAAUCCAUAGCUACUGCUUUUGACAAGCAAACUGAUUUGAUGAAGACCAACCAAUGCAUUAGAUUAAAUGCUUCUAUAGAUUGUGCUAGAUUCUUAGUGCGACAAGCGUUACCUUUUCGGGGUCAUGAUGAAAGUGAGGACUCGAAUAAUAGAGGUAACUUUCUUGAACUUCUUCAAUUUUAUGAUGAUCGAAAUGAUAAAGUGGGCAGUGUUGUGUUGAAGAAUGCUCCAAAGAAUUCACAAAUGACAUGUAGUUCAAUUCAAAAGGACAUUGUACAUGCUGCAGCUAAGGAAACUAUUAAGGCUAUUGUGAAAGAUAUUGGAGAUGAGAUCUUUGCAAUUCUAGUAGACGAAUCAUGUGAUGUGUCUUGUAAAGAGAAAAUGGCAUUGGUUUUGCGGUUCGUAAAUAGUCAAGGAGUUGUUGUAGAGAGGUUUAUUGGCAUAAAACAUGUCAGUGAUACUUCGGCUUUGUGUCUAAAGGCGACUAUUUAUUCUUUUUUGACAGAAUGUGGAUUAAGUCCACAUAGAAUUCGAGGACAAGGUUAUGAUGGAGCUAGUAACAUGAGCGGUGCAUUUAAUGGAUUGAAGACACUAAUUAUGAAAGAAGUGAAAUCUGCACAUUAUAUUCAUUGUUUUGCUCAUCAGUUACAGUUAGCACUUGUGUUUGUUGCAAAGAAUCAUCCUAACAUCAAUGACUUUUUUGAUUUGAUUUCUCGUUUGUUAAACAUGCUUGGUUCUUCCUAUAAACAUCGAGACAACUUAAGAGAGAAACAAGCAACAAAAGUGGUGGAAGCAUUGGCUGCAGGUGAAAUUCAAAGUGGUACAGGUUUGAAUCAAGAAGUCAGUAUCAAACGACCUUGUGACACUCGUUGGGGUUCUCAUUUUGGUUCACUCUUAAAUAUCAAGAGAACGUAUUCUUCAAUUUGUGAAGUACUUGAAGACAUUAAAGUUAAUGGGAUCCCAAAUGAUUUAAACAUAACGUUGCAAAAAAAAGACCAAAAUAUUGUAAAUGCGAUGCAUCAAGUGAGAUCCUCUAAGGCCAGACUCAUACAAAUGAGAAAUGAAGGAUGGGAACUACUUUCAAAUGAUGUUACUUUGUUCUGCGAAAAAUGUGAAAUUGAUAUUUUGAAUAUGGAAGAUCCAUAUUACAAUGGAACAAGUCGUCGCAAAGGUUCACAGAUUAACUACUUACAUCACUAUAAGAUUGAUGUAUUUAUUGCGGCCAUAGAUAUGCAAUCUCAAGAGCUUAACAAUCGAUUUAAUGAAUCUAACGAGUUCCCAGAACGUGACAUUGGAGCACUUAGAGCAAGUCUUCAAAAUUAUAUUGUGGAUGUACGUGGAGAUGCAAGGUUUAAUAACUUGAAGGGAAUUGGAAACUUGGCAAAGAUGAUGGUUGAAACAAACAAGCAUACAAUAUAUCCAAUGGUAUAUCUUUUACUAAUAUUAGCAUUGAUACUGCCUGUUGCAACAUCCACAGUGGAACGUGCAUUUUCUGCGAUGAAGUUGAUAAAGAAUGAUUUGCGUCAUAAGAUGAGUGAUCAAUUUAUGAAUGAUUGUCUAGUGUCAUAUAUUGAGAAAGAUGUGUUAGAUGGUAUUAGCAACGAUGUACUAAUAGAUUUUUUUUAA